AAUAAGAACAAAAACACGCCCACAGAAUAUAAAAAGAAAGCAGUUGACUCUAAGCUUUAGUGACUUAAUGCAGCAGCUUGAAGUCCUAGGUGGAUCAGAAAGACAACUUUGGAGUAAAAGCUGAGCUUCAUUACAGGGAUGAAUACGUUUCUCUGCCUAUUGGCUGUUGGUCUAACCCUAGGCUUGCAAUGCCAAGUGGAUGCCAAACGCCAUUUGAGCCACACUUUCAUUGAAAAAUGUGUGAAUAAGGCCAAAGCCAACGUGGAUGCAGCCUAUACAUACUCCCGCCAAGUGAGUAUUGAUCGAGUAAGGAGAAAUGCAGCAAGCCCGGCAGAUGUCCUGAGACUCCUGAAGCAGCCCAAUGGACCAUCCAGGGAGGCAGUGCGAGCUGCAGACUACAUGGACAACACUCUGCAUUUGAUCAAGAGGACUCUGUCAAAACGUCACAAACGUUCCAUCAAUGCCACAGACCUGAUCUCUGAGGGGGACCUGGAAGUGAUUGCCAGAUUGACAGGCUGCUCUGCUCAAGUCAGGAAUGUUCACUGCAGUGAUCUUCCCAACCUGAACAAUUAUCGCACAGCAAACAGCAUCUGCAACAACCUUGAAAACCCUCGUUGGGGUGCCUCCAACAUCCCGUUCCUCCGCUGGGUAGCAGCGGAGUAUGAAGAUGAAAUCAGUUCCCCGAAAGGCUGGACCCGCUCCCAGGCAGUUAAUAACCACAUUCUUCCCUUGGUGAGAAAUGUGUCCAACCGUAUCCUGUCAACAGCAAACUCUGAAGUGGACAGUGACCCCCUUUACACCCACCUGGUCACAAUCUUUGGCCAAUGGACUGACCACGACCUCACCUUCACCCCUCACUCUCCUUCCAUAAGAUCAUUUAAUGACGGCAUUGAUUGUGAACACAGCUGUGCCAACACAGAGCCAUGCUUUCCCAUAGAGUUUCCCCGUGAUGACCCCCGAGGCCACCCUGAGGAGUGUAUGCCAUUCUCCCGCUCUGCACCAGCUUGUGGUUCUGGUAACACAGGACACAUCUUCGGAACACCCACUGUUCGCCAACAACUCAAUACCCUGACUGCCUUCAUCGAUGUGGGUCAGGUCUAUGGUUCUGAUGACAGCAAAGCUCGACUUCUCCGGGACUUCAGUACAGAUGAGGGUCUGUUGAGGGUCAAUGAAGACCAUAGAGACAACGACCAUGAACUCCUGCCAUUCACAACCAUGAUGGCCAACAUGUGUGCCACAAGGCGAAAAAUGACCAAUGAUGACAGUGCUGAGGAGGUGUUUUGCUUUCUUGCUGGCGAUGACCGUUCCAAUGAAAACAUCGGACUGGCCUCUUUGCACACUCUCAUGAUGAGAGAGCAUAACCGUCUGGCCCGUGCCCUCCAUCAGCUCAACCCACAGUGGGACGGAGAAAGGCUCUACCAGGAAGCACGCAAGAUUAUGGGAGGGUACAUGCAGGUUAUCACUUAUAGGGACUGGCUUCUCCAUAUUGUUGGUCCAGAGGCCAUUUCCAGCCAUUUGUCCACCUACCCUGGUUAUAAUGACCAAAUAGAUCCGAGCAUCUCCAACGUUUUUGCCACAGCUGCCUACAGAUUUGCUCAUCUGAUGGUUCAGCCCUUCAUGUUCCGUCUUGAUGAGAAUUAUGAGGAGCAUCCAAAUUAUCCCAGCGAGCUGCUGCACAGAACCAUGUUUGCUCCUUGGAGGGUUGUGUUCGAAGGUGGAUUGGAUCCAAUUGUGAGAGGCCUUAUAGGUCGCCAGGCAAAGCUGAACACACAAAGUCACAUGUUGACUGAGGAGUUGAGGGACAGACUGUUUAAAUUCUCUGUAGAGCUGGCUCUGGAUCUGGGAUCUCUAAACCUUCAGAGAGGAAGAGACCAUGGACUUCCUGGCUACAACAAAUGGCGAGAGUUCUGUGGCCUGUCACAGCCAAGGACUCUGAGUGAGUUGGCUGAGGUGAUGAACAACACAGACUUGGCUCAAGCACUGCUGGACCUGUAUGGUACACCUGAAAACAUCGACCCAUGGCUGGGAGGUGUAGCUGAGCCAUUUGUCCACGGAGGAAGAGUGGGACCCCUGUUUGCCUGUCUGAUAUCCACUCAGUUCCAGAGGAUCCGUGAGGGAGACCGGUUUUGGUGGGAGAACAAUGGUGUCUUCACAGAUGCACAGAGGCUAGCCCUGAGGGACUCAUCUCUGGCCAGAAUUAUCUGUGACAACACAGGGAUCACUGAGGUUCCUGAGAAACCUUUCCUGUACCGACCCCGAGGUUCUGGAUACACCCAGUGUGAUGACAUCCCUGCAUUUGACCUCAAUCCAUGGAGGGAGGGUGGUGCAGAGGAACCACAAUCACCAACAGGUCAACGUGGGCCUCCCGGACCAGCAGGACCCAGAGGACCUCCAGGUCCACCAGGACCACCAGGACCCCCCGGCACAGCUGAUAGAGUUGCCUUCUCUGUGCGCCUCGGUAACAACUACCCCAAAGCUGGCAGCCCCAUCCCGUUCCAUGAUGUCAUCUACAAUGGACAGAACAGCUAUGACACCAAGACCGGCUUUUUCACCUGCGAGCACCCAGGAGUCUAUGAGUUUGAGUUCCACUGCACCAUCUAUGGGAGCGCAGCCAGCGUGGAUCUUCUUCGUAAUGGACAGCUAAUUCUGCACUCAUUCACCACCCGCCAGAGUGGCUACAUCUCAGCCAGCGGCAGCACCUUCAUCAAGCUGGAGAGGGGAGACAGGGUGUGGCUGGUGGCCAACCAUGGAGGCAACGGACUGACCGGAGACAGCUUCUUCUCUGGUCAUCUGCUGUUCACUGAGUAGAAGAACAUUAAAGCACUCGUGAAGUUUGCAAACAAAAUUAAAACACUUAAAAUGAAGGAGUAAAAUUUCUGUCAUUUCUGUAUCCUCUUGUGAAUGUUUAUAACAAAUAUUAAAAUGCAUUGCUGAUGAUUUAUUUUUCUUGUGGAUAAAAAUUCACACUGAUAUUAGAACUGAAACAUGCAAGCUGAAUAAAUGUAUUUGACUGCAUCAUGUUUACCUUGUUAAAUUGUGAUCUCUGGUAUAUUAGUUGUUUGAUAAUUAUUACUAAUCAUUAUUAGCAUUUCUUUGAUUGAAAAUC